AUGCCUAUCUCUCCCGUCUCGUCCACAGACCUUUCAAAGAACCGACUGGCCGAAGUCCCCACGGAGGUGUGCCACCUGGUCGCCCUGGAGACACUAAACCUCUAUCACAACUGCAUCAGGACCAUCCCGGACAGUAUCAUCGGCCUACAGUCGCUGACCUCGCUAAAUCUCAGCCGGAACCAGCUCGGCUCCCUGCCGGCCUGUCUGUGCGGGUUACCUCUGAGAGUCCUCAACGCCAGCAACAACAAGCUGGUCAGCCUGCCGGAGACCAUCGGACAGCUGCACAGCCUCAUGGAGCUGGUGAGACCGUUCGACAUCAGCUGCAACGAGAUCACAGCGCUGCCGCGUCACAUCGGCAGGCUCAAAGCCCUGCGUGAACUGAACGUACGCAGGAACCUUCUCUGCGUCCUACCGGAAGACCUGGCUCAACUCCCUCUGGUGAAGUUCGACUUCUCCUGUAACAAGGUGUCCACCAUCCCCGUGUGUUAUAGAAAAAUGAAACAGCUCCAGGCUCUUCAGCUGGAGAACAACCCGCUGCAGAGUCCACCUGCACAGAUCUGCAUAAAAGGCAAAGUUCACAUAUUCAAAUAUCUGAGCAUUGAGGCGUGUCGCAUCGAGAAGAUGCCCGACUCCCUCUACCUGCCCGUCAUGGAUCGACUCAGCCUAUCGCGGCCCACCGCCGGCAGUGUGGAGGACAUGGAGCAGCAGAAGAAGCAGGACAGCGACUCGGGAGUCGGCAGCGACAACGGAGACAAGCGGCUGUCUGCUACUGAGCCGUCAGAUGAAGACAGUCUGAGCCUCAACGUGCCCAUGAGCAACAUCACAGAGGAGGAAGGAAUCAGCAAGGACGACUCCAGCGAGCACAUCAGCUCCCUGACAGCCGACCCAAACUCUGACUCCGUGCGCCUGAUCGAGGAGAGCCCUACGGAAGCCCUAAAGGAGCAGUUCAACUACAGAGACUCGGCUCUCAGCUCUCGCUUCAUCGACUACAUCAAGGCAAGCACUCGGGUCGCAGUUUGCUGUGGCUUCGUGGCUAACGCUGCACUCAGAUGGAAGUUAUGUAACGCCGUUAAGUUCACAGUGUCGCUUCAGUUUAACUGCUUUUCAUUUCAGGGUCGGACCGCUUCCGACUUCAACGAGCCCCUCAGGAUAGAAGAAGACUCACAGUGGCAAAGUGAACACACGUCAAAGGUUACGGGGAGUACAGAGCUCCACAUCGACAUGAUUAACCAGCUGAAAGAGGCCGUGGAGCUGCUGCAGGACCCCACCAGGGUGAACGCGGAUCAGGACGAUCUGUCUGGAGUCCAGCUCUACCCAGUGGAGAUGGUCACAGUGGAAGAGUCAUUCAAUGGGGAGGACAGUGACGACGGGGCCACGACACCAAAGCAUGUGGAGGAGAGUGGCUAUGAGUUCCAGAAGAAGAGACAGAUGAUUCUUAAGAAGGCCAGGUUUGAGGCCCAGCUUGCAUGCCGGGAGUAUGAGUGGCAUAUGUCGGUCCAGAGAGAAGACAGAUCUCCGGGUGGUGGGACACCCUCCUUCUCCAGCCCACCGUUUGGAUUGAAGCCACGCUCAGCCCCGCUGUCACUGCCGUGUUCACCCCCUACUUCCUCUCUAGACCCUUCCCUCCUCUCACAGGCCUCGCCCUUCCAUACUCCAGAUACACAUCGUAGCCAUGACGACGGAGACAAACACAGUAGCGUGUUCCUGCGAACCCACAAGAGUCUGGAGUCCGUGGAUCCCCAGUUCACCAUGAGGCGGAAGAUGGAGCAGCUGCGAGAGGAGCUGGAGCUCAUGGAGCAGCUGAGAGACAGCAUCGAAAGCAGACUGAAAGUCGUCCUUCCUGAAGACCUCGGGACGUCUCUGAUGGACGGCGUGGUGCUCUGUCAUCUGGCCAAUCACAUUCGUCCCCGCUCGGUCGGCAGCAUCCACGUGCCCUCACCAGCAGUGCCCAAACUCAGCAUGGCCAAAUGUCGGAGAAAUGUGGAGAAUUUCCUGGACGCCUGCAGAAAGAUAGGUGUACCGGAGUCUUCUCUCUGUUCGCCCUAUGACAUCAUCCAGUGCCGCCUGCAGCCGGUCUGUGCCACAGUUCGGGCACUUGUUGCCUCGGACGCGACCUUUCAGGACAGGAAGCAGGAUGAGGCAGACAAACUGUGUCUCCCUCACCACAUCCUGGAGGAGAAGGGCCUGGUGAAGGUGUCCAUCACGGUGCAGGCCCUGGUGGACGAGGCCUCCAACAGACACCCCCUCCUGACAUGAGGUCCUGGGAGCCUGGAACCAGCCGAGGCCUCCAGCAAACACUGCAGUCCCUCUGAGCCCCCGUCAGAGUGUUUCUAUUUUUGUGUGAGGAUGCAGAAAGGGAACGCGGCCCGUCAGAAGUGGAUUCACUAACUAACGCAUAAAGGGGAGCUUCAGAAUCAUGACAAGCAGGCGGGAGGGAGGUCGGCGUCUGAGAGGCCGUGGCCAAAUUUGAACCUUUAAUCGUGUGUUUUUAGAUCGGUUUCAGGUGGAGGUCGGCCAAAAAUGAACUCCUUUUAUUCAGGUAAACUGAACGGCAUAAAAAGCAACUCCAUAUCUGUUUGUUUUUUUUGUUUUUUUGGCUUGGUUUAGUAAAUCUUAACACUGGCUGGUACCGUAGCUAUUUUUUUUUUAAUUAGAAAAUACAAAAGCCAUUAAGACGUGGAGGAGUGAGUUUGAGACUGAAAAAAUUAUUCCUUUGAGGGAGUUAAUGAAGCAUGAAAAGAUUUGAUUAUCUGAGAAAAUUUCUAGUGUUUCAACAAACGAGUGCAAGUGGGAAAAGAGUUUAUUCUCAGUUCGAUACUUUUCGGGAUCUCACCGUUUCUUUAGGCUGAUUGAACUGAACUAGCUUUAGACUUGUUGCAGCUGUUUGCUGAUCACGCUGUCUAUGCACACUUCAUUUAAGCAAACUUAAAUGAUUUUCUAAACUGUAGUCAAACGAGAGAUUAUUUUUUUCCUUCUAAGGUUUUAGGUGAAGUGUUUCUGCUCUGAGUUUUUUUUUUGCUCUCGGUUUCCCGAAGAGAAUAGAACCAAAAUACUAAAGUCUUACACGGAGGCGGGAGACAGCUUUUAUCUGCAGUUUAUAUUUAAACCUGAAGAUAUUUAUAAUGUAAAGAGAAUCUGAUUUGUGAUUUGAGUUGUUGUAUAGAGCCGAAAUGAAAAAAGCCCAAAACUAUUUUUCUCUAAUAUAUUUUAGGUAUAAUGGUGUAUGUUUUCUAAGGUUAUCCUACUUCUGCGUGGAGCUGUCUGCAUGUCCCUGCCUCGGGGGGGGGGGGGGGGGGGGGGGUGUGUGUUAUUCUGCCACCCCGAUCCGUGUUUCAGGUGGAGGGACGGGAGACUUUAUUUGGUCCUCUUCCUUUCACCCGUGUUGCU